GAAAAGAUUCAGAAAUAGAAAAAUUAGAAGUAUUUGCAAGACCUGGAAUUUAUUUAAAGUCUCAUGGCGACUAUUUAAACAUAGGCGGAUAUGAAUUCAAAGAUGUUGCUAGUGGCUGUGGAAAAGAAGAAACUACAGAAGAAAAUCACUACAUUCCAGGAGCAGUUGGUCGGGAUAGUUCUGUUCAUGAUGACCCUAGUAAAGCAGUUUGUGACUCUUGUUGCCAGGGCAAUGAAAACCCUAAUCACCGUUGCACUAAGUGCAAUAAGCCUUUUAAGUAUGUAGAAAAAGAAAAAAACAACCCUAAUUCUAACUUUGCUUGCCAUGAGUGUAAAAAGCAAAUCAAGGCCGGAGAAAAGUAUUACAGUCAAACCAUACCUGAUGCUUUUCAGCCUCAAACUGUUUAUUAUUGUGAACCUUGCGGAGAAAAGAAGAAAAACGAAGGCACGCCUUUACCAGGAAGGAGAUAA